AUGGCUGAAGCCGCCUCUGGCUACGCUGGAGAUCAAGGGGAUGCACCUCCGGGCCUUCACUCCCUUGCCCGCGAUUUCCCGCAUAAGCCUUCCGGGUGUCUGAACCACGGAUCCUUUGGGGCGGCCCCCAGCUGCGUCUUGGAGUCGCAGCGAAGCUAUCAGAGGCGCUGGGCCGAGCGACCUGACGAGAUGUUCUUCCGAGGUGAGCUCUUCGAUCGUCUGCGACUUGCGGCCGCCAGUUGCAUCCCCCUGCUCACGCGCAGCCCUGAUCAAGUCCUUCCUACGCAAGUGGCCUUGAUAGAGAAUGCUUGCGCCGCAACUGCCAUGAUAGCACACCGCUGGUCCAAGCUGGUCCAUCCGGGUGAUGUGGUUUUCGUUCUUGACUGCGUGUACGGGGCUUGUCGGAUGUGUCUCCGCGAAUACUGCUGCGCCGAUCCCCGCAUCGGUGGGGAGUUACUUGCCCUGAGCAUCUUCGAGGACUACGGGGCUUUUCCCAGGUCCUCCGCAGAGAUAGCGGAACGGUUCCGCAGCAGCCUGGCCAAGCAAGUCGAACGUCUUAGGCAGGCAGUUCAUUCAGAGGAGGAGGGCCAAGCACUGGCCCAGAAUCAACCAGCUCCGCCAGAGCGAAAGGUGUUCUUCUUCUUGGACUAUGUGUCGUCCCAGCCCGCCUUUGUUCUGCCUGUUGCAGAGAUGUUGCGAGAAAUCGGAGCUAUCCUAAGCACAGACAGUGCAGGUUCCUCAUGCCUGUCGUUGGGUGAGAUCUGCAUCGAUGCUGCACAUGCAUUUGCAGUGGAGGGGCUUGAUGUCGUGAGGCAAUUCGAGGGCUUGUCUCCAGAACUGAGACCGCACUGGUGGUUUGCAAACCUGCACAAAUGGGCCUUUGCCGCCCCAACAGCGACCGUGGUGUACGCCAAAGACUCAGAACUCAUGAGUCAGACUUCUCAUCCGAUGGUCAGCUGGUUUUAUGGCAAAGGCUUGCAUGAAGAAUGUCUGUGGGCAGGAACUCGCGACUACAGCGCCCUGCUUAGUGUGCCGUCGGCAGUGCGAUUCUUUCAGACAUGGCGUAGCAACCCGGACGCUGGAGCCCAUGAAGGACUAAGUCCUGCAGCAUUCUCAAAGGCAAAGAUCCUUGAAGCCGGCAGAUACCUCGCAGAACUCUGGGGGACAACCGAUACCCUGCCACAUCCAGAGCUGGUGUGUGCUUUGAUGAUGGUGGAGCUCCCACGAGACCUUGACAUGGGAGCGGCAGAUAUACCAGGUCUUCCCACGGCAGACACGAAGGAGAGGCGGAGCGUGCGAUCGAUGCUCAGGGACGACUACGGGGUCGAAGCUGCUGUGGGCACUUUCGGGCCCUGCGGCAACUUCAUCCGCCUCUCCUACGCGGUCUACAACACCUGGGAUGACAUCCUACAGCUGGGGCAGGGGGUCAUGGACAUCCUGCGUGCGCAGCGCAGCAGCCCGAAGCUCAACCCUUGA